GGCGCUCCCCUUCUCCGCCCCUCCGGCGGGGUGAGAGGUCAGCGGAGCGCCGGGUUGCAGGGUCUGCCAUGGCGGGGCUGUGGGUCGGGGCGGUGGCGCUGGUCACGGCCGGGCGGCGAGGGAAGCGGCCGCCGCCGCAGCUGGUGCGAAGCGCCGCAGCGCUGUGGACCCUGAAGACUAUUCCUCGCUAUUCAAGAUCACACUUUCUGGUGGCCCGUGGACUCAGUUCAGCGGGAUAUGAUCCUAAUGAAAAAACAUUUGAUAAAAUUCUUAUUGCCAAUCGAGGAGAAAUUGCAUGUAGGGUUAUCAAAACGUGCAAGAAGAUGGGCAUUAAGACGGUUGCCAUCCACAGCGAUGCCGACGCGAGUUCUGUUCACGUGAAAAUGGCGGAUGAGGCCGUCUGCGUUGGCCCUGCUCCCAGCAGUAAAAGCUACCUUAACAUGGAUGCCAUCAUGGAAGCCAUUAGGAGAACCAGGUCCCAAGCUGUACAUCCAGGUUAUGGAUUCCUUUCGGAAAACAAAGAAUUUGCCAAACGUUUGGCAUCAGAAAAUGUCAUUUUUAUUGGACCUGAUACACAUGCCAUUCAAGCCAUGGGUGACAAGAUUGAAAGCAAAUUAUUAGCUAAGAAGGCAAAGGUUAACACAAUUCCUGGUUUUGAUGGGGUAGUUAAGGAUGCAGAUGAAGCUGUCAGGAUUGCAAGGGAAAUUGGCUACCCUGUCAUGAUCAAGGCCUCAGCAGGUGGUGGUGGGAAAGGCAUGCGCAUCGCGUGGGAUGAUGAAGAGACCAGGGAAGGCUUUAGGUUUUCGUCUCAGGAAGCUGCUUCUAGCUUUGGUGAUGAUCGACUCCUAAUAGAAAAAUUUAUCGAUAAUCCUCGUCAUAUAGAAAUUCAGGUUCUAGGUGAUAAGCAUGGGAAUGCUCUGUGGCUCAAUGAAAGAGAAUGCUCGGUUCAGAGAAGAAACCAGAAGGUAGUGGAGGAAGCGCCAAGCACCUUUUUGGACCCUGAGACUCGACGCGCGAUGGGAGAACAAGCUGUAGCUCUGGCCAAAGCAGUGAAGUACUCCUCUGCUGGCACUGUGGAGUUCCUGGUGGACUCAAAGAAGAACUUCUACUUCCUGGAGAUGAAUACGAGACUCCAGGUUGAGCAUCCUGUCACAGAAUGCAUUACUGGCCUGGACCUGGUCCAAGAAAUGAUCCGUGUUGCUAAGGGUUACCCUCUCAGGCACAGACAAGCUGAUAUUCCCAUCAACGGCUGGGCAGUUGAAUGUCGGGUUUAUGCAGAGGACCCCUACAAGUCUUUUGGUUUACCCUCUAUUGGAAGAUUGUCUCAGUACCAGGAACCAAGCCAUCUACCUGGUGUCCGGGUUGACAGUGGCAUCCAACCAGGAAGUGAUAUUAGCAUUUAUUAUGAUCCAAUGAUUUCAAAACUGAUCACAUCUGGUUCUAAUAGAACUGAAGCACUGCAGAGAAUGGAGGAUGCACUGGAUAACUACGUUAUUAGAGGUGUUACACACAACAUUGCCUUGCUUCGAGAGGUGAUUGUCAACUCCCGCUUUGUGAAAGGAGACAUCAACACGAAGUUUCUUUCUGAUGUGUACCCUGAUGGCUUUAAAGGGCAUACAUUGACCGAGAAUGAGAGAAAACAGUUGCUGGCAAUAGCAUCGUCAUUGUUUGUGGCAUCCCAGUUACGAGCACAACAGUUUCAAGACCAUUCAAGAGUGCCUGUUGUUAAAUCGGACAUGGCGAAGUGGGAGCUCUCUGUGAGACUGAAUGAGGAAGACCACGCUGUCACAGCGUCGAGCCACGGAUCAGCGUUCUCGGUGGAAGUUGAUGGGUCGAAACUCAGUGUGAGCAGUACGUGGAACCUGGCCUUGCCCUUAUUGUCUGUCAACGUCGACGGCACCGAGAGGACAGUCCAGUGCCUUUCUCGGGAAGCAGGAGGAAGCAUGAACAUUCAGUUUCUCGGAACAGUGUACAAGGUGCGUGUCUUAACAAAACUCGCUGCUGAACUGAGCAAGUUUAUGCUGGAGAAAGUGGCUGAGGACACGAGCAGCAUCCUGCGUUCCCCGAUGCCUGGCGUGGUGGUGGCCGUCUCGGUGGCGCCCGGGGACAUGGUAUCAGAAGGUCAAGAGAUCUGCGUGAUUGAAGCCAUGAAAAUGCAGAACAGCAUGACAGCUGGCAAGACCGGCAAGGUGAAAUCAGUGCAGUGCAAAGCCGGAGACACGGUCGGGGAAGGAGACCUGCUGGUGGAGCUGGAGUGACGCCUGGCGGGGCUGGGUGUGGUCAGUCGCACCAGUUCCACCCGCCCGCUGCACGCCGGGCCAUGCAGGGUGCGCACGGGGCGGCAGGGUUUCCGUCCUUACGGCACACCAGCGAGCGUCCACACUGACACACUGCCAAAGAGCCACCGGCGGAAGCUUCUGCUGCAGAUCCGGAAGUGUGAUUGGUGCUUCUGCCCCAAGACUUCCUGGUGUCAGUCACUUCAAUAAAACCGAGCCUUUGUCUAAC